AUGACGCCGAACGAAGUGAUGUCCAUUUUUCACGCGCCGCAUCAUCAAGUACCCAAGUACGAAGUGGUGCCCGUAUCGCAUCGCCUGGUGAAGAAUGACGAUGUCAAAGAAGCUACGAACGAGCUGAAGCUGAAAGUCUUCAACGACGACGUCAAAUUGUACUUGAAUCCCACGGAAGGUAUCCUCGCCAGUGAGAACACCCCCGUGUGGACCGUUUCUUCCGAUUCGGAAGCACCAGAAGGAUUGCAAUACAAGCAAGUGCCCAAGGCUAUGGAUUAUCUGGGAGUCACGCUUCAAGACGUACACUCUUCGAGUGCGGUUUUACUAACUCCCACUCCUGACGGCCAAGUACACUUGGACGGAGUGCUUAAUAACACAUACGUCAUCAAAUCCUUGCCACGACGAAUUCUGAAGCACGUUCUUUACGGAGGGCACAAUCUCUACGAACCGCUUCAUACGAAGAACGUGACGGAAGACGAUGAAUUCGACUACACGCAUCAUCACGUGGUGUAUAAGAUACCUUCGUUGGACCAGUACAAAGAUCUGAAGAUUACAGAUCCUGAGGACCAGACGGUGAAACGCGAUGCCCCAGACAUCAUUUAUCCGCAAAUCAUAAUAGUAGCCGACUACACUAUGUACAGAUUACUCGGCGAAAAUAUCGAGCAGGCCAUAAAAUACCUCGUCUCGUUUUGGAACGGAGUCGAUUUGAGGUAUCGCUUGCUGACCACGCCCAAAAUUCGACUUAACAUUGCAGGAAUAAUCAUAAGCACGGACAACAAUGCGAUUCCGUAUUUGGAAGAUAGUCGUAUCGAGGUUUCAUCGGUAGACGCGGAUCGUGCUCUACGCGGCAUGGCUGAUUACUUUUAUCGCGAGAGUAGAUUCCCGACAGAUUUUUACGACAUGGCGAUUGCUAUGACACAUCUGGAUAUGUGCAACAUGCUCACCGAUGAUUUUUGCGACACCUCGACUUUGGGAUAUGCGUACGUAGCCGGUGCAUGCGACAGAAAUGCAACGAAGCAAUCAUCCGAGGCCGUAGGAAUUGUCGAGGACAACGGUGGAUUUUCCGGUAUCAUCCCUACGGCUCACGAACUCGGCCAUCUAAUAGGAGCGCGGCACGACGGCAAUCCGAAAGGCGCCGGAGAUUGUCCGGCUCAAGAAGGCUUCAUCAUGACCAGCGGACUGAUGUUGCACGAGAACGGCUUCGAAUGGUCUUCGUGCAGCAUAAACGCCUUCUACAAUUUCAUCACCGAGGACAGGGCAAAGUGUCUUUACAACGAGCCCGUAACGGGUCCACCGGUGGCGCUUGUAUUGCCCGGGACUUUGAUGUCUUUGGACGAUCAGUGCAUGAAGGUCUUCGGUACGCCGGCGUGUAACAAAGACGCUACGGUAUGCAUUCGCUUGGAGUGCGAAUAUCCUGGAAUCGAGGGCUACUGCAGAGCAUUCGCGUCAGCAGCGGAAGGUUCUCCUUGCGGGGACGGUUUGAUCUGUUUAAAUGGCAAAUGCGUGCUUGAAGGAGUGAUAACUGAGGACAAAGAAAAGAAGAAGUUACUCGAGAAGUUCCUACCGAAAUUCACCCUUCAAAAAAUCAGACAGAUUCCGUGGCUGCAAUUACUGCAAAAACUGAAGGACAGAAUCAAGGAGACAAUCAAGGAAAAGAUAAAACUUUUCACGUGAAGAUAAAUAUCAAUGUUAUUGAGGACACCAUACACGCCGAUAUAUCUAUAACCGCACUCUACGUUGCUGCUGCUUUAAUGGGGUACCAUAUAAGAACAAAGUAAAAGGAUAUACAUCAUGUAUUAUGUCAGGGAUAUAUUUUAUGUUCCUUUAAGACUAAAUUAUAUCCCGAUUGAAAUUUUUCAAUCCUUUGUACAUAAAAGUUGACGUAUGUAAAUACAGAGAAAGUCACGUAUGCACGCAUAAUUCGCGCAAUGAUAUCAGAAUAUUGUAUAUGUAUCAGAAUAUAAUAAAUCCAAAAACUAUCAUAUUCUCUGUUGAUCAUACAUUGUAUAAGCAAAAAUUUAUCUUUUCGGUACAGAUUUUCCACAUUAAUUUCUCAAUUACAAAUUAAAAUUUUGAUACUUUCAUUUUUCUGUAACUUAAAAUGUGAAUUUUGAUGUAACUUUCGCUAUUAACUAAUUGUAUUAAUGUGUAUUGAUGCCUAGGACAUUAGUAUUCAUAAUUAAAGAAAAUAUGAUAGUUUUGGAAUGCCCUGUAUAACGCAACACACUGUACAAAAAAAUAUAAACGCACAAAGUAAAUGUUGAUUUGUCUGCUAUAAUUAAAAAUUCAUAAAUAAUACCGUGGCGUGUGUGCUACUUAGGCUGCGUUCGGGGAGUGCGCUAUUAACGCUAUAUUGCAUCGUUCUAUCUUUAUCGCUCAUCAGGUGUAAAACAAGG